GCUUGAAGCCGAGUGGUUGCAAGAUGUGGGUUUAUCAACACUAAUCUCAGGAGCUGAAGAGGAAGAUGGACAGGCCUUACUCUCCACCUUGACACGAACCCAGGCAGCUGCAGUCCAGAAGAGAUACAACACCUAUACUCAAACCAUGAGGAAGAAGAACAAACACUCUGUCAGGGAUGUCCGAGACAUCUUUGGAGUUGCUGAGUCUCCUCCUCCAUUUGAGCCUGUUCCAGUAUCUCUUGUUCCUGCCAAUGGUGUACAGGUGCCAGGGAAGAAGCCAGUUUGGAAAGCAGUUAAUUCCAACAGUUGUCUUGACUGUGGAUUAGAUAAAGACACGCCGUCAGUAGCAGAAGAGUUGUCCUUUGAGGUUUCUUUCUCAGAGUCCAUCACAGAGAUUCCCAAAGAAAAAGAAGGUCUUAAAUCACAAAGGUUUAAAAAAGAAGAUUCUUCCUUAACUAAAUUCAUCGUUCGAAAAAGCAGAUUUGGAUUAACGGAAGUGGAAGAUCUGUCUGUUGAAGACAUGAAGAAGAUUCGCUAUCUCUCUCUCAUCGAGUUGACGGCCUUUUAUGACGCUCUGGGGAUUGAACUGAAGAGGAACCGAACAGACAAAGUAAAAGGACGAGAAAAUGGACUUUUUGGUGUUCCACUUCCUGCCCUGUUGGAAAACGAUCAAAAGAAGUUCCCUGGAAUUAAAGUCCCUCUUAUCUUCCAAAAACUUUUGCAGAAACUUGAAGAAACAGGUUUGGAAACAGAAGGAAUUCUUCGAGUCCCAGGAUCUGCAUCCAGAGUCAAGAACCUCCGCCAAGAACUCGAAAGCAAAUUUUAUGAAGAUACAUUUGAUUGGGACCAAGUUCGCAACAACGACGCGGCGGGACUGCUAAAGAUGUUUAUCAGAGACCUCCCCAGCCCUCUCUUCACUGUGGAGUAUCUGCCUGCCUUCAUCGCCUUAGUGGAACGAAUCUCCAAGAUCAAGUUGCAAUUACAGGCUUUGCACCUUUUGAUCAUGCUUCUGCCUGAUGCCAAUAGAGACACUGCCAAGGCCUUUCUGAUAUUCCUCAAGAAAGUGGUUGCUAAUGAAGGGAAAAACAAAAUGAGUUUGUGGAACGUUUCCAUGAUUGUCGCACCAAAUCUCUUCAUCUACAAAGGCAAACGCUCCAACCAAGAAGAGAUGCAGGCAGCUGCUACCACUGCACACAUCGUCCGGCUCUUGAUUAGGUACCAGGACAUCCUGUGGACGGUGCCAUCUUUCCUGAUCACCCAGGUUAGGAAAAUGAAUGAGGCAGCGAUAAACAACACGAAGAAGCAACCGAUAUUCGACAAAAGCAUGAGAAAACUUCUCAGAAGGAAAACUUUGGAACGAGAAAGACCUGAAAAGAUAGAGGCUACCAGCCCUAGGACUUCAAAGACUCUACCCACAUCCCCAUCUUCAAGAAGGAAGUCUGAUAUACCUGAAGGAGUCAUUAGAGUACAUGCACCUCUUCAUUCCAAGGUGUCCAUGGCCAUUCAGCUUAAUGGUCAGACCAAAGCCAAAGACAUCCUGGCUCGAUUUCACUGUGAGAACAGCCACGAUUCACCAGGUAGCCUUAAGACUCAGAACCAAAGCUUAUAUGAAAUUGGAGGCAAUAUAGGGCAGCACUGUUUAGAUCCCGACGCCUUCAUGUUGGAUGUGUAUCAUGCGAAUCCUCAUGCAGAGUGGGUGAUAAAACCAAAGACAAGUUGAAACUUCAGGAAAUAGCCUACUUCGGAGGGAAAGGACUCCACUUGUAUUUUCUAGGCCAAGAAAGUCCAGAAUAUGGUGGAAAACCAAGUGGCUGCUUUUGAUUCUCUCUGUCCUUCCCAGCCCUCUUUGUCUUGAGAUGUUUCUCCAAGUCAGAGGGUAUUGAUGUGUUCAUUGGUUACCAACCUGUGAACCCUAAGAUAAACACCAGUCGUAACCAUCGAAGCAGGAGUCUUCUUAUGUCAGUUACUUGACCUACAAAGGAAGGAUGAUGGUACUUUCAAAGAGAGGCCAAUCUGGACAAUGGAAAGUUUCAUCCUCUCCAGGAUUUUGACUUGAUAAUUAAACUGUGUCCUCUACUUGGA